UGCCUGACUGAUCCGCUCUGCUGUCAUCAAGGCACCCAGUAUUUUUAGGGGGCUGCAGCAGCUGCAAAAGCAUUUAGCAGCACUCCACGAACAAUGACAGUUGCCGGAACGUACACAGGAACUGAAGCGCUGCUCUGAACUCGCUGCUGUUUGGGUUCGUUUUGCAGCUUUCAGCUCCUGCUGCCGGACAGAAAGCUGUGAGGAUGUAACCGCGCUGCUGCAGAUUAGCAUGUGUGUGAGUUUAAAGUCGACUUGGGACACGGCUCGGCCCUCGGGACACGCUGCCCUGACUCGGACCACGGCUGCAGGCUCGGAAUGCGUGUUGAUGGCCGUUCCCGGCGACUGAAGCGAGAAACAUAUCGAGAACUUGGAUGGACUCAGUCCACUGAAAAGUCGCAACUCUCCUGAACGACUUGAGCGACGCUGUCAGAGAAGGAAUGGAUGUCUUUGGUGGCGCUCCACGUUUCUUAGCCUACCCAAGACCUGUAGUGGUCCAAAGUGGGACUGAUGCCGUUCUUAAGUGUCAGAUUGGCGGUGAUCCACGACCCGCUGUCAUCUGGGAGCGAAACAACGAAAAGAUUGACCCCCAAGGACGAUAUAGGGUCUUUGAAGAUGGCAAUGUUUACAACCUUAUCAUAACCGCUGUUACUAUUGAGGACAGUGGGCAAUACAUUUGCAAAGCUAAGAACAGCAUUGGGGAAACGUACGCGGCUGCCACCCUAAAGGUAGAAGGCGAGGCGCAAGAGAUGGAGCUCAGAGAGGAAAACAAGCCACGCUUCCUUAUCAAGCCUCUUUCCACGCGUGUUGGCCGUGGGGAAGAUGCCGUCUUCUCCUGCAAGCUUUGGGGAAACCCGCGACCAGAAGUCGUCUGGGAAAAGGACGGUAGAAAACUCAACGAAAUAUUUGAGAGCACGCAUUUCAGCGUGGGCUACCAGGAUGGAGGAUGGUUUCAGCUCAAGAUCUUUAAGACUCGCGCUCCGGACGGUGGGGUGUACACAUGCAAAGCUCGGAAUGAGUUCGGAGAGGCGUUGGCAGGAGCCGUGUUGCUCGUCGACGCCGGCCCUGGACACGAAGAGGAAGGAAACCGUAACGGCUACACUAACGGCCACUGGAAAGUUCAUCAGGGAAAACAAAGGACUGGCAGACAAGUGCCAACCCGACUAAAGGACGACGCCAUGACGAAGUCCACAAAAAUAAAAAUGUUUGCUGUGACUGAGGGCAAACAUGCCAAAUUCCGCUGCUUUGUGACUGGAAAACCCAAACCAGAAAUAAUCUGGAGGAAGGACGGUAGACUUAUCCUGUCCGGAAGGCGAUACUUGUUAUACGAAGAUAGAGAAGGAUACUUCACGCUCAAAGUUCUCUACUGCAAGCAAAAGGACAAUGGAGUUUACGUCUGUGCUGCAUCAAAUACCGCAGGGCAAACCCUCAGCGCUGUGCAUCUCUCUGUCAAGGAGCCACCUGUCCGGUUUAAGCAACCUCUCUAUGAUCUUGAAGUUUGGGAACGGGAUUUAGCUGUUCUGGAGUGUGAAGUUCCAGAAGAUUCAGUUCCCAUCACGUGGUAUCUGGAAGACAGACGACUGCAGCCGGGGGCCAAAUAUGGAAUGGAGGAGUGGGGAACAAAACGAAGGCUGACGAUUCGGGACAUUGGCGUUGAUGACGAUGGGAUUUACCUCUGUGAGAUGCCUGAUGGGGGCAGGAGCAUAGCGGAGGUAGCUGUAAAAGGUACAAUUUUGCGAAAGCUUCCAAGGAAAGUGGAUGUCUUGGAAGGUGAAAAUGCCGCCUUUUGUGUUGAAGUGGAAAAAGAAGAGAUGGACAUACAUUGGUACAAAGAUGGCAUUGAGCUGCGAGAAACGCAUCAGACCAUCCUGAAGUCCUUUGGUCGAACUCACAUCCUGGUCUUCGUCAACACGAUGCCCCAAGACUCUGGCCUUGUGACCUUCCUCGUUGGCCGGUCCAAGACUUCUUCUCAGUUAAGAGUGAAAGAGGCCAGACAUUGUCCUCCUAGUUGUCCGGUAGGAGUUCAGAUCAACACGGAGCGCGCCAACGCCGCUCUCCUCUCGUGGGUUCCCUCCCCGGAUUCACGGAAGAACCCUCCGUCUGGUUAUGUGCUUGAGCGACAGGAAGUAGGCACUGGUUCGCAGGAGUGGCUGCAGUGUCUGACCACUGACUCUGCAACCUCAGUGGAGAUCCUCGGUGACAGUGUCCCAUGUGAGGCAGAUUAUCGCUUUCGCAUUUGUAGUGUAAAUAAAUACGGAAAAAGCAACAAUGUUGAGUUCCCCAGAACUGUUCAUCUAGUUCCUGUCGCCAGAAUUCAAGCUCCUUUACAGGACGCCUUGGUGCCAGAGGGACAAGAUGCUCUUUUCACCAUCGAGCUUUCUGCUUCGGUGAUUGGUACGUGGUUCUUAAAUGGUACUCAGCUUCAAGACGAUGAGCGUUAUUCCCUCCGCCGGUCAAGGACACACCAGUCUCUCCGUAUCCGAGGAGUACGCGAUGCGGACAACGGAGCGGAGAUUACAUUCAUUGCCUAUGGCAUCCGAGAUUCUGCCGCUCUGUACAUUCAAGCUCCACUUGUGAAAUUUUCACCUCUGUCUGAAAUGGAUCGUAACAAGUUUGUGGAAGUUGGCAACCCCAUUGUGCUCUACUGUGAGCUCUCUGAUCCUGCUGCUCCGGUGCACUGGUACAAGAACGGCGUCGAGCUACAAACUAUAGAAGGUCUUCAUAUUCAGUCCGAGGGAACAAUGAGACGAAUUGUCAUCCAGUCUGCAGACUUCUCGCAUUCAGGAGUCUACUGCUGUGAUGCCAUUGACGAUGUCAUCAGGUUCAACGUGGAAGUCGAGGCCCCACCUGUGAGGUUUUCCACAAUUCCAGAUGCUGAAAGGAGCAAAAGCAUCCAGGCAGGCGGUCCGUUUGUUUUGCAGUGUGAGCUCUCAGAUCCCUCUGCCCAAGUCUACUGGUACAAAGAUGGAUCAAAGCUCCACCCUCAAACCGGAGUCGAUGUUAAAGCCGAAGGCUUGUGGAGGAAACUGGUCGUCCAUUCAGCAGAAGUCGCUCACUCUGGCUUGUACUGCUGCAAGACAAAGGGCGACGCCGUCACCUUCAGUGUGGAGAUCACAGCUCCACCUAUGAAGUUCUCAGCUAUUCCUGAGGAUAUGAAGAUCAAGUUGAUCGAAGCUGGCAGCCCUAUAGUUCUCCAGUGUGUGGUGUCGGAUCCUGAGGCCCAGGUUUGCUGGUUCAAGGAAGAAAUGAAGCUCAUUUCCAGCUCUGGAUUAGAAAUCCAUUCAGUGGGCAACACAAGAACCUUAGUUAUUCAGUCGGCAGAGGUGUCUCACUCUGGUGUAUACAGAUGCGCCACUGACGAUGAUACCGUGGAAUUUCAAGUGGAGAUCAAAGCUCUACCGGUGACAUACUCUGCUGUCUUUGACGCUGAGAGAGGCGGGUCCCUUGAAGUGGGCAACCCUUUGAAGGUGGAAUGUGAGGUUGCUGCCUCCACUGUGCCGGUCUGCUGGAAUAAAGAUGGUAAAGAGGUCGACCCGCAAAAGGGUUGGGGUAUGCAAAGUAAUGGCACACCGCCGGGACCCGUUCUCCCACCCCCUGAGCUCUUGCCCUCAGGGCAAUACUGCUGCCAAACCCCUGAGGCCACUGUCCACGUCUCUGUGGAUGAUAAAGCGCCAUCAUUGCCGCCGUACCGGGAGGUUGGAGGGUUGCAGACACUCACAGCAAUCCGUCCAAUUGAACCAGUCGGUGAAAGCUCAGAUCCUGCAAGCCAGGUGUCAUGGCCAAGAGAUUCACAAUCCCAUUCAAGCAGACAAUUUGGUUUUGAAAUGGGAAACAUCAAGGAGACCCUUGUUAUUGAACCAACUCAUCCUUCAAACUCUGGAGCAUACUAUUGUGCAACAGCAGAUGAUGUGGCCAAAUUAAUAGUAGUAAAUCAAGUGUCCCCUCCAACAUAUGUACUUGGCCCAGACGAGAAGACCGGGUCAACCGAAGAGCAAUAUCCGAUUGUUCAGCAAUUUGAGAUUUCGGAUCCCAUUGCUAAAGCUUGCUGGUACAAAGACGGAACCCAGAUUUAUCCUAAAAGAGAACCCGGCACCGAAGAGCACUGCCAGAUCUUGGCCCUUGUGUCCCAACACUUGUCAGACGAUGGCGGGUUCGGCUGUGACGCGUCUGAUGGCGUGCCGUUAAGAGAAGACGUGAAAGCAGAGCAGUGUCACUCGGGUGACCUGGUUGGUGAGGUAGCUGAUGCAUCAGCCCAAUACUCUGUGGAAGUCAAAGCAUCCCCAACUCUGCCAGUGAGAAUCAAAACUCUGCAAGAGGCUGAAAGGAACAAGGCUGUAGAAGUUGGUGAACCCAUUGAGCUACGAUGUGAGAUAUCAGAUCCCAAAGCUCCAGUAACUUGGGUUAAGGAUGGAGUAAAACUAUCUGAAGGAUCUGGGCAAAACCUGCUGACAGAGGGCUCCGUAAGAACGCUGGCUAUCCAACCAGCGAUGCCGUCUCAUGCAGGAAUUUACAUCUGCAAGACAUCACAUGAUGCAGUGCAGUUUUAUGUGGAUGUGACAGCUCCUCCUCUGACAUUUGCAGCUUUAUCUGAGGCUGCACAGAAAAUGACAGUAGUAGCUGGCGCUCCUCUAGCGCUGCAGUGCGAGCUGUCAGACCCCUCUGGACAAGUCAGUUGGUACAAGGAUGGAAGAAAGCUCCUAGCUGAAAGUGGAGUAGCCAUCCAGUCACAGGGAAACCUGAGGAGUCUGGUUGUGCCGUCCGCUGAGCGAGCUCAUACUGGUGUGUACCGGUGCGAGUCAAAGGAUGAUGACAUCCAGUUCUCUGUGGAAGUAAAAGGGCUGCCUGUGAAGUUCUCAAAGCUGCAGCAGAAGGACAGCAACAGAUCCAUCGAAGAGGGAAAACCUCUUGUCCUUAGCUGUGAACUCGCUCAUGAUCCCUUGGCUCAUGUCGACUGGUACAAAGACGGGAUGAAACUUGGGUCUUGGGACAAAGUGGAAAUUAAAUCAGAUGGUCUGACAAGGACCCUAACCAUCCCAUCAGCUGAAAGCAUUCAUGCUGGUAUCUAUGAAUGCUCGACUUCAGAGGACAGCGUUACCUUUACAGUGGACGUAAAAGGCCAAUCACCAAGGAUUAUAGGAACCCCAUUUUCAGAAAAAUACAAGCUGAUCAGAAUUGGUUCUCCAAUAUUCCUGCAGUGUGGGGUGUCAGACCCUGCUGCUCAGGUUUCCUGGUUUAAAGAUGAGGUGGAGCUUUUCUCCAAAACAGGCCUUGAUAUGAAAAGAGACGGCACCCUGAGGAAGUUAAUCAUUCACUCAGCGAAGGUCUCUGAUUCUGGCCUCUACAGCUGUAGUCUCGCUGAUGAGGCCGUGACCUUCCACGUGGACGUUGAAGCUACUCCUGUGAGGCUCUCAAGGCUGCCAGAAGUCGCAAGAAGCAAAUUUGUAGAAGCAGGCUGCCCAGUUAAGCUGCAGCGUGAAGUUUCUGAGACAGCUGCUCCAGUUCACUGGCAUAAAGACGGAGAACGGCUUCUGGAAACCAGUGAAUAUGAAAUCCAAACCAGUGAAAAACGGAGGGAACUGGUGAUUCAGUCAGCAGAAGUCAGGCACAGCUGUGAGGCUGCAGAUAACCAGAUUCAAUUCAAGGUGGAUGUUGCAGCUGUUUCAGAGGCUGAGAGGAGCGAACCUGUUGAGGCAGGAAACCUGAUCAGAGUGCAUGAUGAGAUCUCAGACCCUGCGGUCCAAACCGACUGGUAUGAGGACGAGAUAGAGUCGAGCUUAGAGGUCCAGUCAAAGCCCGAUAAGGGAGCUCUGACGUCAUCAUGCUCUGGGGCGUGUGAAUGUAAGGCUGAUGACGGUGAUAAAGAUUUCAAGGUGAAAGCGCCGCCUGUAACGUUUACCGAUAUCCCAGAGAAGGAGCUCUUCCGAACCGCUGUGGAGCAAGAGCAGCUCAUUCUGUCGUGUGAAGUCUCCAGAACCGACGGCGUGGUCCAGUGGUACAAAGACGGAACCGAAAUACAACCGAGCAUCGAUGUAUCAAUGGAGGCCGAGGGCGCCAAGAGAAAUCUGAUUAUACAUUCAGCCAAACUGUCUGACACCGGCGCUUACACAUGCCGCACAGGAGACAACAUUUUAAUAUUUAAAGUCAACAUAAGAGAGCCUCCUGUGAUGAUCGUUUACCCCAAAGAGGACGUCCACCUCGACCGCCACGUCCCUGAGGAAAUCAUCCUGAGCUGCGAACUGUCCCGACCCAACGGAGCCGUCGGCUGGUUCAAGGACGGCCAAAAGCUGCAGGAGAGUGAGAACAUCAAGCUCAAGUACGAGGGUCCAUACCGACGACUGAAGAUCCUCUCCAGCAGAGUCGAAGAUUCUGGCGAAUACGUCUGCGACACGGCCGACGAUUCCAUAUUCUUCCAUCUUAGCAUUACGGAGCCUCCGGUUCAGAUCCUGUCGCCGAGCCAGUCCCAAAUGGAGCUGUGUCAGCAGACGUCGGAGCGGAUGGUCCUGAGCUGUGAGAUCUCUCGGCCCAACGCGGUGGUGCGCUGGUAUCGAGACGGACUGGAGGUGGAGGAGAGCGAGACCCUCCUCCUGGAGGUGGACGGCGUCUACCGGAGGCUCAUUAUCCCUGAAACGACGGUCAGAGACUCGGCAGAAUACGUGUGCGACACCGGAGACGAUUCUGUGACGUUUUUUGUGAACAUAGCAGAACCUCCUGUGCGGUUUCUGCGCCCACGGAAGAUGGCGAGCAGAGUUGAGAAAGUGGUUGGUGAGACUUUGGUUCUGGACUGCGAGGUUUCCAGGUCAAACGCCGAGGUGACCUGGAAGAAGAAUGGAGAAGAAGUGGAGGACUCCAGGAAAGUCACGAUCCUGGAAGAUGGCGUCACUCGUCAGUUAACGAUUCAUUCUGUAACGGUGGAAGACGCCGGGCAAUACGUGUGUGACGCAAAGGACGACGUGAUGGACUUCAAUGUCAGAGUGCAGGAUUUGCCUGUAAGAAUCCUUGGAAAAACUGAUGCAAAGACAGAGAAGCAGUUCCUGGUUUCAGAUGACAUCAUUCUGGUGUGUGAGCUGUCGAACGCCAACGCGUCCGUCCGCUGGUACAAAGACGACCAGCUGAUUGACGACAACCAGAGAUACUGCUGCGAAGAGCAGGACGUUUUCCGGUCGCUGGUCGUCCUCAACGCCGGCCUGGAAGACUCAGGAGAAUACAGCUGCUACGCAGGAGACGACAAGAUGGCGUUCACCAUCACCGUGAGAGAACCUCCUGUGCAGAUUAUUGGGAACUCUGGGAACCCGGAGCAUCAUGUGAUGGUGACAGGAGACGACCUCAUCCUGGAGUGUGAAGUUUCCAGAGCGAACGCCGACGUAGAGUGGACACGGAACGGAGAGGCUCUCCAGCCGAGCGACCGGAUCCGGAUCGACAGCUACGGCGUGGUGAGGAAGUUCGUCCUCUCUGGGCUGCAGCCCUCAGACUCUGGAGAAUAUGUCUGUGAAGCCGUCGACGACAAGCUGGUCACCGUCGUGGAGGUUCAGGAUCCCCCAGCCAAGUUUCUUAAUAAAAAAGGAAAGACUAACAUGUCAGCUUAUGAGAAUGAGAGCGCCACAUUGUGUGCCGUUGUGAGCAGUGAAUGCAUUAAUGUCCGCUGGCUGAAAGACGGCCAGCUGUUGAAUAAGGACAACAUUCAUAUCUCCAGUGAGGGUAAAACUCAUAAGCUCACCAUUAAUCCUCUGCAGCUGUCAGAUUCUGGAGAAUAUAUCUGUGACGUAAGCACAGAUGAAAUGUAUUUCAGUCUUUUCGUUGAAGAAAUGAAGGUGAAGUUCGUCAAACGUCUGGAGAAUGUGAUCUCCCUGAAAGGUAAAACUGUUACACUGCAGUGUGAGGUGAACAAACCUAAAGGAGACGUGCGGUGGAUGAAAGACGGUAAGGAGAUGACGCCAAGUCGCCGCUGCACAAUACGAGCCCAAGGCCGGGAGCGAAGCCUGACCAUCCAGCAGCUGACGGAGGAAGACGCCGGAGAAUACGUCUGUGAAUCCACAGGCGACCGAACAGCUGCCGCUGUCAGCAUCGAAACCCCCCGUGUUGUGGAAUUCAUCGCUGAGCUGCGUAACAUCACCAUCCGUGAAGGGGAAGAUGCCGUGUUUAAGUGCGUGGUCUCACCGGCAGACACCGCCCUGGUUUGGCGUCUGAAUGGAAAGGACGUCGCUCUGAUCGAGCGUACCGCCGUCUCCUGUAACGGCCUGUGCCACAUGCUGUGCAUCAGCAGCUGCUUGGUGUCAGACAGCGGCAGAGUGACGGCUGACGCCGAGGGGCUGCAGUCAGAGGCAGAGCUAACGGUCCAAGAGCAACAGGCGCUGUUCACAAAGAAAAUGGCGGCAGUUGUAGCUGAGGAGUACAGCGAGGCGACUCUGGAGGUGGAGGUCAGUCAAGAGGCGGCGGAGGUCCAGUGGAUGAGGCAGGGGAUCCUGAUCCACCCCGGCGCCAAGUACACCCUGAAACACAGGGGCCGGAGCCACAGCCUGACCAUCCACCAGGUGGCCGCGGCGGACCGGGGCGCCUACAGCUGUGAAACCCUCCACGACCGGACGCAGGCCCAACUCGCCGUGGAGCCGCGAAAAAUCAGCAUCAAGCGUGGGCUGACAGACAUUAAAACCACGGAGAGAGAAACGGCGUCCUUUGAGGUGGAGCUGUCCCACGCCAACGUCCCGGGAACCUGGAUCAGAAACGGGAUCCAGCUGAAGCCGACCAACCACUUCCGAAUGAGCGCCAAAGGAGAAGUCCACAGCCUCACCAUCUCCAACCUGUCGGUGGAAGACACGGGCAGCUUCGUGUUCAGCGUGGAGAACCUGAAGACGUCGGCUCGGCUUGUUGUGAAGGAGCCUCCGGUGAUCGUCGUCAGGAAGCUGGAAAACCAGAAAGUUCCUGACGGGUCGGUCAUCUCCUUCGACUGUGAGCUGUCCAGACACAACGUUGACGUCAAAUGGAUGAAGGACGGAGUUGAGAUGAAGCCAAGCAAAGACGUUCGUAUUUAUGCCAUGGGAAGGAAGCGCUUCCUGCAGAUAAUGAAAUGCAGCGCGGCCGACUCCGGCUUGUACGCCUGCGACGCUGGUGAUGCUGCCACUUCCUGCUCAGUGGAGGUUUACGAGCGGGAGCUGCUGGUCCUGCAGGGUCUGGAGGAUUUGGACAUCCAGGAGGAUCAGAACGCCGUCUUCGUUUGUGAGAUCUCUGUGGAGGACGUUCCAGGGGAGUGGUACAAAAACGGCGAGCGGAUCCAACCGACCAGCACCGUCAAGAUCCGGCAGGAAGGAACCAAACAUUUUCUCCUCAUGUGCAACGUGCGAUCUGAAGACUCCGGGGAAAUCAAGUUUGUUGCCAGAAACGCAGAAUCUGUUGCUUUCCUGGAGGUGGAAGAGCUCCCGGUGAACAUCGUGAAACCUCUCCAGGACACGAGCGCCCUGGAGAAGAGCCGCGUGGUCCUGGACUGCACCGUGUCCAACCCCAGGUGCAGCAUCCGCUGGUACAAAGGCAGCAACGUCGUCCUGCCCUCCGAACGCUUCGAGAUCUGCAGCGAAGGCUGCUACCGCAAACUGAUCAUCCAGCAGGUGGCGCUGGAGGAGUGGAAGCCCAGCCGGUCCUGA